UCAUCAUCAUCGCAAUAAGGGAUCUAAGAAUAUCACACACGAGUAGAUCAUUGAACCAGACACUUAUCCACGUGCUGCUGCGAAGACUGCGCGAGGAAAGUAAACGAUUAUUCGUUUAAUAGUCGCGCGCGCACGACGGGAGAAUUAUUAUUAUAAAAUAUAUAUAUAUAUAUAUGUAUAUAUAAAUAUAUCGUGUGUGUGUAUGUGAAAAAGAUCUCUUUUUUUGAAAUUUUACUUUUCGGAUAUAAUUAACAAAAAUUAUUAUUAUUUUUAUUAUUAUUAUUUUUACGAACAAGGAAAAAGGAUGUCUGACAAAAUGAUCUCUGACGAAGAUCGAUAUGAUAUCGAUGACUUGGAAAUUAUCAAAACCAUUGGUACUGGAACAUUUGGAAGAGUUGUUUUGUGUCGACAUCAGGGAAUUCCAUUGGCAUUGAAAAUUCUCUCAAUGGUUGAUGUCAUACGAUUAAAACAGGUGGAUCAUGUGAGAAAUGAAAUUAAUAUUUUAAAAGAAGUGAAACAUCCCUUUAUCGUGAAUAUGUUAUGGAGCGGUAAAGACGAGGCUAGAAUAUAUAUGUUAUUGGAAUUUGUUGCUGGUGGUGAACUUUUUUCCUAUUUAAGAGCAGCUGGACGUUUUUCUGGAAGAACCAGUUGUUUUUAUGCUGCCGAAAUAGUUUGCGCUUUAGAUUAUCUACAUAGUAAACAUAUUGUCUACAGAGACUUAAAACCGGAAAAUUUACUUUUAGAUAUUCAGGGACAUUUGAAAAUAACCGAUUUUGGUUUUUCCAAAAAGCUAACAGACAGAACGUGGACACUUUGUGGUACACCGGAAUAUUUAGCACCGGAAAUAAUUCAAAGCAAGGGUCACAAUAAAGCUGUUGAUUGGUGGGCAUUAGGUGUAUUAAUUUAUGAAAUGUUGGCGGGAUUUCCUCCAUUCUACGAUGACAAUCCAUUUGGUAUUUAUGAAAAAAUUUUAAGCGGUAGAAUCGAAUGGCCAAAACAUAUGGAUCCAAUUGUUAAAGACUUAGUAAAAAAAUUAUUAGUUACCGAUAGAACAAAGAGGCUUGGAAAUAUGAGACAAGGUGCUGAGGAUGUUAAAAGGCAUCGAUGGUUUAAACUCGUCGACUGGACGCAGGUGCCACAAAGAGCCCUUACACCUCCAAUUUGUCCAAGAUUAAAAGCACCUGAGGAUCCAAGUUGCUUUGACGAUUAUCCAGAAAUUGAUUGGCGAUCGCAGCCCCCACCACCUCCUGAUCAAUUGAUACUUUUUCAGGAUUUUUGACCUUACAAAAAAAAACUAAGUGCCUUGUAUUAAAAUUUAAAAUUUUAAUCUUGCCAUUUUUGCCAAGAAGCAAAUAUUCGUCUGAUCAUCGUGAUAUUAGUGUCCUUUUUUAGGGAUACUUAAAAAUUGUGCUUCCAUGUUCAGCAAAAAAAAAAAAUUAUUUUUAUAUACACAUAGAUUUCCCACCUUUAGGAAGUCGUAAAAGUUGAACAAUUCUUGUAAAGUGUUUUAACUUAAAAAGAAAAUAAUUUAUAAUAUAUUUCUAUACACUCGAGAGACAAAGAGAGUUUAGAAAACUCGAGGCUCUGCAAUUUUUUUGCGCUUUUUGUCGCUUUUUUAUAUAUAAAAAAAAAUGCGCAAAUAGGAUUAAGGCUGUGAUUUCAGAUCUUGUGUGUACGACUGUGUGUAAGAAAGAGGAAAUUAAAGGAAAAAUUUUCUAAAAGAGAAAAUGUAAAAAAAACACGUCACUAUAGUAUUAUUAUUUCAUUAAUUAUGAAAACAAAAAUUUUUUUGAGAUUUUCAGAAUUUAAUUAAAUAAUUAAUAAUAAAAUUCAAUUAUUAUUAUGUAAAUCUUAUAAAACUAUAUUUGUUAUUUAGUUUUAUAAUAUCGAAAAUAAAAUUAUAUUUACAAUUAAUGAUUAAAUAAAAGUGCCAGUAAAAAAUU